CCUCCUUCCACACGUGCUGCAGGACAGCUUUUCUGACACCUCACACCUUCCAGCAAGAACUUCUGAAGUCCUUCCUCUGCCAUCCUACCUCUGAAUGGCUCUCCGGUGGCUUUAUGUUCUCUCCAUGAUGCUGGUGUGGGGCUCCAUUGUCUCCUCCUCCUUCUACCACACCUCAGUUGCCCCCCCACAAGACCUUCAGAUCACUGAUCCUGGACUCUUAGGUUCUCUUGAUAUCGAGUGGAAGCCUCCACCCAAUGUACAAACCUUCAAUGAAUGCACAGUGAAAUACAAGUUUGAAUACCGCAACACUGGUGACAGAGACUGGAAGGUUAUUUUUACCAAAAAGCUAAAAUUCAGAGUUGGAUUUGACCUCAGCAGGACUGCUGAAGUGAAGAUACAGACACUGCUUGAAGGACAGUGUACCAAUGAUGUGGAGGUGCAAAGUGACUGGAUUUUUGCCACCUUUCAGGUCCCAUUGCAAGGAAAACUGGAAUCAGAGGUUCAGAAUUUCCACUGCAUCUAUCAUGACUGGAAGUACCUCAAGUGCACUUGGAAACCAGGUCAUCCUGCUCCUCGUGGCGUACAUUAUGGGCUAUAUUAUUGGUACGAGGGGCUGGACCGUGCAGCGCAGUGUGAUGACUAUAUUCAGGAUCAUGGUGUAAAUGUCGGCUGCAUGUUGCAGAAUAUGAGCCAGGCAGAAUACAAGGACCUGAUCAUUUGUGUCAAUGGUUCAGCAACAGCCACACUGCUACGGCCAUUGUACGUCACCCUUCGCCUUCAUAACCUAGCAAAGCCCUCACCCCCGGAGCAGCUGGUGGUUUCCAUGUCUGCAUCUGAGGAACUUCACAUGGCUUGGAGCCCACCGAGCAGUGAAACACCGCCCCAGUGUCUGGAGUACGAGGUUCAGCUGGCAGAAGAUCAGGGCGAGGCCAAGGCUGCCUGGGUGUCUGUAUCAACCCAAAUGGAGACUACUUUAACAGUAUCCAGAGCAAACCAAAGCCGCAUUUCAUGUGUUCGAGUCAGAGGGAGAACAAAUAUUUUCUGUGCUGACCAGGGCUUUUGGAGUGAAUGGACACAGGAGUGUUUCUCCGUGCCCAGAAAACAGGACGAACAGCUAUUUAUCCUCAUUCCAGUCAUUCUGAGUUUGUCCAGUAGCCUCAUAAUAUUUACAUUGAUUGGCCAGUGCAAGAAAAGAUCCCCAGCGGGAAAGCCAUUGCACACAUCGGUGGGAUGCUAACUCUGCUUGUGACUGCUGUACCACUUGUGUUUGACGGAUUGCUCUUAAAACCUCACCCAAGGACAGCCAAGAAGCCCUGAGCUAUAGCCCACGUGGGUCUUCCCUACCUGCUGUCAAUUUACAUGGCUGGUCAUUGCAAUUCAAGUCCUCAGUGGGCCCAGGAAACUAUUGGAGGAGCCUUAAACUGACUCUGGAACAAGAUGUUUCUGAUAACAGGACAAGGGAGAAAAAGAAGGCAGUGCAAACUGCUGUAGAUAAAGAUGACACAUUGCUCUGUGGGUUUGGUUUUUGUUGUUGUUUUUUUUAAGGACUCUACAUGUCAACAGGCCACACACUGAAGUGCAGCACCUCACACACAAUGCUUAGUACAAAUGCCUACAUCUAAUCACUGUACCCCACCCUGCUCUCACCAGUCCUCCUACUCCCCAAAUACUCAGCUGGCUGAGAGCACCUCAAUGCUGAACAUUAGCUGCUUGAACUAUUUAUUUCAUUAGCUGUUAUGCCUUAUCUGUUGCAAAGGUGAAGUGGGUAGGCCUUGAGAGAAACUUUUGCUAUAAAAAGACAUGACCACAGCUACUGCAAAAGACAGAUGCUUCAGAGGAGAAAUGAGAUACCAAAAUUCAACGAAGCACCCAAGAUGACUCUCAACACCACCUAUUCAGCUGAUGAAGUUGCUGAGUGGUUUUUAAGGAGCACUCCCCUAUGAUGAUGAUAAAAAAAAACAAACCAUCAACUCUAGAUGAGACACUGUCCUCCAAGUCCAAGUUCUGUUUGUUUCUUUUUGUUUUGGUUUGGUUUUGGGUCAAGGAACUAACCAAUUCAAACCCAGAUGUGCUUUCAUUUAAUCUGAACAACCCAGAAAACCUAUUUUCUUGCAGGAGCGUUUGUUCAAAAUGAGAACAGUAAAAGCUCAGAGAGAAAAUCAAGUUUGCGUCAAUCAGCUAUGUAAAGAGCCAUGCUAAUCCAAUUGGGCACGAAACAACACAGCAAGUGCUGUCUUACACAUCCAACUGCAAAAUUAUUCAAUCACUAUCAGCUGCUUCCACUGCUAAAUGGGCAACAACCCAAUGUUAUUUGGGGAGCAACCAAAGGAGGAGAGCACCAGGAAAAAAAAAAAAAAAAGGUCUAUGCACAGACUGGAGCAGAAAUGAAGUUCCUGGCUGCUGUUAUUUUGAUGAGAUAUAACCUCUGCCUUUGUUACCUCCUGGGGCUUCUGGCCAGCCAGCAUGAGAUGGCUUUAUAUUUAAAAAUAACAGUGGUCAUGCAAUGGGCAUUGAAAUACUGUGUUUUACCUUGAUGAAUGCAGCACAUUAGAAUUGGAGAUGGGAGCUGGACUUGUAAGGCACUGACUGGUCUAACAGAGAAGGUGAAAUGAACCAUGAGCAAGGGAAGGAAGCAGGAGUAAAGCUGGCUUGGCCCAGAAGCAACCUCCAGCCCCAGCUCAGGGAGACCUGGCAGAAACCUCCAAAACAUGCUCAUCAGAGCAAUUCAAGGUAAUGCACAGUUCACACAACUGACCAGAGGCAGGAGGCUCAGGAUGGCAUUUCCUCCUCUGUGUGGUGGGAGAAAGCAGCUCUUUGCUGAUGCCCUUCUGCCAUCUGCAGAGUCCCCUUCCUUCCUGCUCUGCUCUCCAACAGGACUUUUGCAGUGACAAGGGGCACAGCCCCACACUGUGGCUGCCCCUGGCCAACACAAUGCAAAGAUUUUGUUCUGACUUGAUCCAGAGGCUGGUCUGCAUGUACCUCCCCACAGAGCGAUGGGCAUCAGGGCAAUCUCUGGGAGGACCAAGACUGGAUCUUCUGUUCUACAAAACCAAGAUGAACAGAGAUACUCAGCUAAGUUUGUUAUAGGGGUUUGGGUACUUUCAGGAACUAGAGGACCUUAGCACAUCUACAACUGGGUAGCAUUUGGGCUAUGGGUUUUCAGAACUACCACCAGGGCAAGAGUUAUUGCAUUAAUAAUAUCACUGAAAACCAGAGAAAGCACUAGAGAAAAACUAUUGGAAAGAGUCCAAUUGAGAUUUGCCGUUACUGGAAAUAACUCCAGGUAGGCCUUCGAUGUUCUGCCAGCAACUUAAGCCAUUUAAAUAUCUACUAAAACCAAAUCAGUGCAUGGUGAACCUCUCCCACGGGAAACACAAGACAGGCAGCUAGAGCCCAUCCUGCUGCCCUGGGUACAUCUGAUGUAAUCUCGCCCAUUUCACCGUGCGCGGAUGUUGGGCACAAGCAUCUGGAGUGGGCCAAAUGGUGCUAGAACCCUGACCUGCUGGACAGGUUUAAAUUGGGUUAAAGUUUCUAGUCUAAUUUUGUCCAAAGAAGAGGUAAGAAGGGAAGAAGAAUUAAAGAGAAUGAGUGCACAUAAGAGGUGGUGAAGGAACAGAUGUUGUACCUCUGUAGCUAGAACUCACCCCCAAAAAAGAUCAGAGCUAUUUCAGGAACCACAAAAUAUAAAAGUUAGGCUGAAGCCUGCCUAGAAACCUGCCUAGUAACAGAGUGAUAAAUUAAGUAUAUCUACUUAUAGUAUCUAUAUGCUGCAGCUCUACAGGAGCGUUUAGGUAAUGAACGCUGGGCUUGGUCCUGGGACAACACUCCCUGCUCAGCAAACUCAUGCUGAAGAAGGUCCUUGCUGCAGCAGGACACCCCCAACCCACUUUCUUACAGCAUCACAUCUAUGGCAUCCAGAAAAUGUAAUCCUAAUAUGUGGCCAGCAGCUAGUCCUUCCCAACAACCUGAUCAUUGCUACAGUUUCAGUAGUAUGUUUUUUUUUUUUUCCCUGUGUUUAUAGAAUUACACUAAUUAUGUAUUUCUCUCACACAAUAUUUGUCUUACAGUGGUUUAAUUAAUUGGCUGUAUGCCAUAAUUAAUAUUUUCAGUAAAGAGCUUUAAAAAUCCCUCCUUUGGCAUACUCUGCUCUUAUUGUGCCCAGCUCAUGUCUGGGUUCCCUGGUGUUUUUACCAUCUUAGCCCCACAUAUCUGGUGAGGCAUGUCCUUGCCAAACAUACAGAGAACUCCUUUGCAUACCAUUGGGUUUGGGGUCCUUUUUUUUUUUUCUGUCUUUGACUGAUGAAUUCUUAGAGCUAUUUGUUGAAGAAUAAAAAGCAACCUUUCCUAUA